CCAUUUUCAAGUGAUUCAAUCAAUGGCUACAAAUAAACAGGGCCUUGUAUGAAUAUCAGCAAAGUUAGAAGAAACAGCAGAACGGGUGAUCAUUGCUCUACGACUAGAAGUAUUGAAUUGACACCAGCUACCCUCGCUCGAUGCCAUCAAUUUACUUAGUCUCCACCGCCCAUCAAUGACACCAGCAUUUUCGUCCGACGGUCAUCCAAGCUAGGCGUAAAUAUCCCAACUUGGAUGAGACAGGAUGAGUACUACCAGAAAAACUCCGUUCUUCAAGGAUAGACAUUACUUGGAGAAGGAGUGGGGGCAAUACUUCUCUGAUGAUGCUCAUUCCGCAAAUGGCAAGGUUGUUUUAGAGGUUGGUUGUGGAGCUGGCAAUACAAUCUUUCCACUUGUGGCAGCAUAUCCCAAACUUAACGUGGAAGCUUUUGAUAUCUCACCUUGUGCAGUCGUGCUUGUUAAGUCACGUGCGGAGUUCAGAGAAGAUUGGGUUAAUGCAUUAGUCUGUGAUUUUACAAUUGACAAUCUUCUAAAAAGGAUUAAUCCUUCUUCAGUUGAUGUCAAUACCUUGUACACUGCUCAUGCUCCCGUGCUUCACUUGUUAAGGACAACAUCUAUAUCAUAA